GUAAACUACAAAUACUUUAAGUGAACCGACAUAUUUUGAGAAGAACAGUUAUACAUUUUAGUAAUAAAAUUUGUUGCUUUAUUUACCAAAUACAUUAAAAUGGAAGUAGUUGUAAGAUCAGACAUCCAGCCUGGAGUUAUAGACAUGAACAUCAUUCAAGAGGCAGUUAAAGAGCAAGGACCUAAAGGUGAAGCAGGAAAACUGAUUGAAGAAGAGGGGUAUGACCUCAAAGAAAUUGGCUACUUGAGACUGGAGUUUCUGAAUAUUUUGCGCAUUGACCACCUUUGGAUGAUGACGGGCCUUACCAAGCUACAACUGGGUAACAAUAUAAUUGAGAAAAUUGAGAAUUUGGAAACACUGGUAAAUUUAAGAGAGCUGGACCUGUCUUUCAACCGGAUAAAGGUUAUAGAGAACCUAGAGAAUCUGGGGAAAGUUGAAACUCUAACAUUGUUUCAGAACUGCAUUAAAAAAGUUGAAAAUUUGGAUUGCUUGAAAAAAUUGGAAAUAUUCAGUAUUGGAAAUAACGAUAUUGAAGAUGAGAGAUGUGUUCUUUACCUGCGAAAUUUCAAGAACCUGAAAUCGUUGAACAUGGCAGGCAAUCCCUGCGCUCAUGAGGGCUUCAGAGAGUAUGUUGCUGCGUUUAUUCCGCAGCUUGUCUAUUACGAGUACCGACUACUCACUGAGAAAGAAAUACAACUUGCUCGCAGCAAAUACUUGAAAGAUCUGGAGCAAGUUGAGAAAGAGGAGGGCAUUGCUGAAGCGGAGGAACGAAAGGCCUGUGAACGAAGAACAAGAGAACUUCUGCACUCAGAGGCCUUUGUGGAACAGAUGGACGGUGAUCAGUUGAGUGAGGCUAUGUUCAGUUGUGACCCGAGCGGCCGAGCUUUGCAACUAAUGGAUGAGGAGGCAGAAGAACUGUUUAGUAGCUUUCAAGAGCAAGUUAGGUCAGUUACAACUGAAAUCUUCAAUCUUGGGCAACAACAGUUGAAGCUACGCAAUGAAGAAAUCCAACAGUUCAUGCAGUGUGUUCAACAAGCUAAAAGCCGCAGCCAGAAGAAAAGCCAACAGAUUGUAGAAGAAUUCACAACCAGCAAAAACCAGAUAUUUGUCAGAGUUCAGGAGCUAAUGGCAGCAUCAAGAGAAAAUGAAGCAGACAAAGAAUCAAUAGCAGUCACUAUCGGGGCAAAAAUAACUGAGUUUCAUGAUCUUUGUCAGAAAACAUGGAAGAGUCUAAUGGGCAUAGAGCUGGUCUUGUUUGAGCAGUUUGAGGAGCUGAAUGUUGAGUUUGAGAAGAAUCUUGAGGACAUGGUUACUCAGUUUAUUGAGGAAGCUCAAGUACAUUUCACUCUGAUACGAGAACACGAGAAUAUAUUUAGUCAAGUUUUAAAAGAUCUUGCAAUGAGGUUCCUUACACAUCUUACCUCUCGAAGAGAUGACUUAUCCAUGUUACCAUCAACGCUACAGGAGAUAAUGACAGACAAGGAGACUCUAGCUGCAGCCCUUGCUGUGUCACAUGACCUUCAUCUACAAGUGAUAGACAACAGAGAGGAUCAGCUGAUCACUAGAGUGAGAGGAUGGCACAGAGACCUGUGUGAUGACCUACAGACGGAAGAGAUUUCGCGCAAUCGAGCGACUGUUUUGGAAAUCAACCAUUUCCUGGACAUUCAGAAAGAAGAGUUUGACUUAUUCAACCUAGACUUGGGGGAUGAUGAUUUCCUACUUGGAGAGGAAAACAUUGUCUCUUCCUCUACACCACGGUCUGGCUCAUUGACCAACCGGAUUUAGAUAGUUGAAUAUGUUUUAAGAAAUAAAUAAAUCUUU